GUACAGUCGAAAUGAAGCUGCUAAACCGUCUGUUCAUAGUUGCCAUUUCCAUCGUAACAUGUUUAGUUCAAUCAUCAGAAAGCAUAAACUGCGACAAAGAUCCUACACACGUGGAAGGCCGUUUGAAGAAGCAGUUACUGUGUGGCAAUUACAACUCGGAACUACGGCCUGUAAAGGAUUCGAAGCUCUCGGUUAACGUAUCGGUUACACCGGUUCUAAUGAGUUACGACUACGAUGACAGAGAAGAUACCCUCAAUGCUAAUAUAUUGCUGAUUCUGCAAUGGACUGAUGCAUUUCUCAGCUGGGACUCGAAGGCCUUCAGCAAUAUAAGCAGUAUAGUGGUUAACGCAGAUGAAAUAUGGACUCCUGAUUUGCAGCUUUUCUCUUCCUACUAUAAACCGGACUCGAAGGCAAGCUGCACCAAUCUGCGUUGUCGGGUAAAAUCAAACGGAGGAGCUUUAUGUGUACCAUCCUGUGAUUUCAAUGGCCGGUGCGAUUCAGAUUAUUCUGAUUGGCCGCUUGAUUUGCAGCAGUGUUUCUUAUAUUACGGAGCCUGGAUGGAGUCAGCAAGUGAGGUGGACUUCCAUUCCGACUUAACCUGGCUCGGGUCGACCCAAUCCAACGACCACAUUCAGUGGCGCGUUAUAUCGGCUAAAACGGACAAACAAUCAAUUAAGUCUAUCAGUGAUAACCACUCAUAUCCGGUGCUGAUAUACGACUAUAUAAUCGAACGACAUUCCAACUUCCAUAUGGCAACGAUAUUGACGCCCAUAUUUUUGCUGAUAAUUUUAAAUCUAUUUUUAACCUGGCUUGAUACGGACUCCAUUGAACGGAAACUUCUUCUAGGUGUGUCCAUUAUUUGUCAUUUCAAAUACUUGGCUCUUCUUCAGUGGGCGGCUCCUGCUAAUGGGGAUACGGUUCCCGGAUUGUUGAUCUUUCUCCGCAAUUCGAUCAUCAUUGUGUGUCUGCUACUUGUCCAAACGUUGCUAGGAUCGGCUCUGAAACGAAUGAAGAGAACACCGCCAAAUACAAUUAUUCUUUUAACUGGUAACAUUCAAAAGAACAAAGUCGGCGAAUUGAUUCUGGCAGGGAAUUACAUGAGCGUGGAAUAUAAGAAAUCAGUAAUCCCGCUAGACACUUCAGCGGAAACCUGUCCGAACCGUACAGUUUGGUCAACGUUCAGCAAAACUUUGGAUCGCAUGUUCUUCUUAUUGUUUCUGGGAUGCUAUGCAGUGUUUUUCUUCAUGUACGUUCCGCUGAGAUACAAUCGUCCUUCAGAUCUUGAAUUGUACAUUCUGGACUACGAUGACGUUAACCAUGUUGUCUAACCGGAGAUGGGACACGAGAUAUACAGAUGUCAGGCAUAAUGGACUUGAAGCAUAAUGGACAUAAAAGGCAUACUGCCAAAAGAGCUUAGUAGCUGUCUGCUUAAUAUCCGUUAUACUUAGCGUCCCCAUGCCUCUCGUCCACAAGCCUACAAGCCAAGUCGUCUAUCUAAUCAUUUAAGCAGUGAAAGCAGUGGCGACUCGU